AUGGUCGGCACCCUCAUAGUAAUGGCAACAUUAGUUGCAACAGUCACAUUUAUAGCGACAUUCACCCUUCUAGGGGGGAUCCAAAGUGAAGGUCCACAUCAAGGGAUGGUAGUGCUAACAAGGAAAGCAGCAUUCAAAGCUUUUAUUGUCACUGAUGCAGUAGCUAUGACUACAUCCAUGACUGCUGCAGUGAUUCUUUUCACAUCAUCUUGGAAUGAUGAGAAAAGUAAAUGGAAUCUGCACUUCAUUGCCUUGCAGUUGUUAUGGAUGUCACUUGCCUCAAUGGGACUGGCAUUCCUUACUGGAUUGUUCACUGUUCUAUCACACUCAAUGGAGCUUGCUAUCAUGCUAAAAGGUGGGAUGGAGGAACCUCGUUGCUUGGGAAUAACAAAGCUUGCAAGGUCAUUGGUAUUGGGUCAAUUAGAAUCAGAAUAUUUGAUGUCUUUGAAAGAGUUCUGCAAGAGGUUUGCCAAGUACUUCCCGGGCGAAAGCAGUGAUGACUUAGUUUACUUGAUCAACAGGUGCCCUACAUCAGCCAUUGGGUUCAAAACACCCCAAGAAUUACGGACAGAUACAAAAGUAGACUGUAGCAAUUGA